ACGGAGAUCGAGAUGCAGGUGGUGCAAAUACUUCAUAUGAACAAAGGAGAUGGGCAAACUAGUUAUGCCAGAAACUCCACCGUUCAGAGAAAAUCAAUAUCUAUUUCCAAGCCAAUCAUUGAGAAAGCUGUGCUAGAACUCGUGGGAUCCAAUAUCAUGGGAAUAGAGAGCAUGGGAAUAGCAGAUUUGGGUUGCUCGUCCGGACCUAACACCUUACUACCCAUCUCGCAUAUCAUUGAUGUAAUACAUGCUAAACCUAGCGAAGUUACAGAGCUUAGAGUGUCUCUAAAUGACCUCUUUAGCAAUGACUUCAGCUCCAUCUUCAUGUCACUCCCAUCCUUCUACAACAAACGGAAGCAAGACUAUGAUAAUGGUGGUGAUCCUAAUCAGCAUGCCAUAAAUAUAUACAUCUCUGCCGUGCCCGGUUCGUUUUACGGCCCAUUGUUUCCCAGAAAUAGUUUGCACUUUGUUCAUUCUUCCUUUAGUCUUCACUGGCUCUCUCAGGUACCCAAUGGCCUCGACAAUAAAGGAAAAUGUUCCAUUUCUAAGAGCAGCCCGAAGUGCGUAUUAAGCGCAUACUCCAUGCAGUUUCAGAAAGACUUUUCGGAUUUUCUCCGGUCUAGGGCACAAGAAACGGUCGACGGAGGACGAAUGGUGUUGUCCUUAAUGGGCAGGCCAUCAUUUGACUUAACAACUGAGCAUGAGGGGACGUUCUACCAGUUCGAGCUCUUAGCCCAAGCAUUGAUGGCCAUGGUUUCUAAAGGUCUUAUAGAGGAGGAGAAGGUCAAUUCUUUCAACAUGCCUUAUUAUACUCCAUAUCCGGAGGAGUUGAAUUUGGUGUUAGACAAAGAAGGGUCUUUCAUCAAAGACUGUAUUGAAACUUUCGAAGUGGAAUGGCAUUCUAGCGGGGCUGAUAUCAACCGCAACGUGGGUACAUUUGAUGACGAUCAAACAAUAACCAGCAGUGGGCAGCGAUUGGUGACCAACACGGUAAGAGCUGUGACGGAGUCGAUUCUCGAAUUUCAUUUUGGAAAAGGGAUAAUUGAUGUCCUGUUUCAAAUAUUUGAAGAGCUUGUGAGUGAGUACUUAUCAAACUGUACUACUACACCCAAGUAUACCAUUUUCGUCAUUUCGCUCAUUAAGAAGAACUAAGAAAGCGCUUGGUGCAGGUUACAAGCUGAUCGAUGCAUGUGCUUUUAAAUCAAUGUAUACAUGUUUUGCUUAAUGUUAAAUUUCAUUUC